UGACCAACUCAGCAGGAAAGUGGAUUUUUGGGUUUAAAGACAAGACAAUGUCCCCGUGCCUGUAGAGAUGAUUUGCAGUUCAGCCCGGCUGAAGCUGACCGAAUGAGACUAUGGGCUGUGCCUCCGCCAAGCAUGUUGCCACUGUUCAAAAUGAAGAGGAAGCCCAGAAAGGGAAAAACUACCAGAAUGGAGAUGUGUUUGGCGAUGAGUAUAGGAUCAAACCAGUGGAAGAGGUCAAAUACAUGAAAAACGGGGCAGAAGAUGAGCAGAAAGUAGCAGCCAGGAACCAAGAAAACUUGGAAAAAAGUGCCAGUUCAAAUGUAAGACUUAAAACUAAUAAAGAGAUCCCGGGAUUAGUUCAUCAACCCAGAGCAAACAUGCAUAUCUCUGAAAGCCAACAAGAAUUCUUCAGAAUGCUGGAUGAAAAAAUUGAAAAGGGUCGAGAUUACUGUUCGGAAGAAGAGGACAUCACAUAG